GCAGUGACCGGGAGAGGUGGGUGGUGCGCUGGCUGUAUUGCGCUCCUCUCUCCGAACGCAUGUCCGUAAUCUGUCCGUAGUUUCCACUGCAAAUCAACCAUUUGUGUUCGAUCGACCUCCCCAAUCAUCUAGAGAGAUCGAGGUGAAUGAGGAGGGGGAAUUGGUCUUGUUUUCAUGACUGGCGUUUGCAGAACGUCUCGAUCUCAUGAACUGUAUCGGUAGUCUAAAAUAUGUCUCAUCAUGUCACCGUAUCAGAAGAUCCACAAUCACACCGAUGCUGCGCAUUUUGCCGCAAACUUCUGUUGCUUCUAAUAGUCUUUCAUGUACAUCCGCGUUCCAGCUCGUCGGACUUCACUGUCGAUCAACGCUUCUGCUCGGAUCCCGGUAUCCCUCUGCAUGGACACCGGACCCCAGUUUCCGGAGUGUUCUUUGAAGGUGCUGUGGCCCGAUUCUCCUGCUCAGAGGGGUUCUGGCUCCGGGGACCAACAAAGUUGGUGUGCAUACGGCAUCAUUCUGGGUCCAUGGUCUGGAAGCCAAAUGAUAGACCACUAUGUCUUACAGAAGCAUGUCAGGUUCCACACAUAGCAGAUGCCGAGGUUCAGAAUCAAACCUACAGACCCGGCGAUCAGCUGAGUGUCAGCUGCCAUGAGGGCUUCCAGAUCCGGUACCCAGACACAGACAUGAUGCACUCAGUCUGCCAGGAGGAUGGGAGCUGGGACAACCUACCCACCUGUCAAGGCUGCCUGAGCCCUAUGGUUCCCCCCCAUAGCUAUGUGAACAUCUCAGAGGCAGAGUCUUCCCUGCCAGUGGGGGCAGUAGUGCGCUACCAGUGUUUCCCAGGAUACAAGCUGGAUGGGGCGGAACUGUUGGAGUGCAUGUACUACCUCAUCUGGUCUGAUAUCCCACCCCGAUGUAUUGAUGUGGAAGUGUGUCCGCUGCCUCCGAUGGUGGAGCAUGGAGACUACGUGUGCCACCCCCAGAAUUGUGACAGGUACAUCCAUGGCACGGUGGUGGAGUUCUACUGCAACUUCGGCUACUUCCUGGCCAGUGACUACAAGUACCUAAUCUGCCAGCAUGGUCGCUGGUCCCCUGACACCCACGUGUACUGCAACAAGUCAGAGGCUUCCUGGCCAGAACCCCCAAAUUCCAGCCUGACAACAUGGAAGAUGGUAGUGCUCACAGCCACCAGUGUGUUGCUGGGGCUACUGUUGGUCAUGGUGGCCAGGACGUUCCAGGUCGGCUGCAAGAUGCAGUGCAACCCCAGCUUACCCAGGGAUCACUUGCAGAAUCAUGACGACCCCAACGUCAUGGUGGUGAAUGGCGUUCCUGUGCUGCUGCCGACAUAUGAUGAAGCCGUAACCGGUGGCAGCUUCCCUUUUAACAGCGAUCCGCCCCCUGCUGGUCUGGGGGAGUACACGGCACACUCCGAGGAGCCGGGGCCCCCUGCAUACCCUGGCCACGAGGGCGCCCAGCCGAAUGGGUCCAGUGAAAUAUGCCCCUCAGAGAGCCCCCCAGGGCAAGACCCCAGUGGGAUGUCACAAGACUUCAGCGAAAUAGUCCCAUACAGGAGCCCUUCCAGCCGCUCUGAGCAUCUUCACAGGACUCUGCCAUCAUACCCCGGAGGGCAACAGUCCAUGUCAGAGGGUAACGGAGCUAGAGGCUCCAGCAUGGACACAGCCUCCACCAGCCCCAGCGUGGAUAUAGCCGAUGAAAUUCCACUGGUGGAAGAAGUGGAGAACUCUUAAUUCGUCUAGACUCCAUGGAAAUGGAAUUUUUUUUGACAUUUUAUUUUACAUGGAAUAUAUCUGAAGAAGAGCAAGUGUAAAAGUCUUUCACCUCAAUUACACUGAACCUGUUAUUUUUUGCCAAUCAUUUUUCCAAUAAAUUUCUACACUCUAAUUAAAGUCUCUAAUGAAUCAAGAGGAGCAACACCCCAGGUCCAACAGAAGAAAGAAGCAAUACAAACACCUGCAGCUUUAGGGUCUUAAAAGAAACUAUGCACAUCGUCCAGACUUGGUUCCUGCUUUUCAUCGAUUGCUGUGCUUUAAAAAAAAGAUGCACCAAAGAUUACAAAAAGUACUGUUUUCCAGAAUCUUCCGACAUCGUCCUUUGACAACUGUCAGCAAGUUCUUUGAUCCAUUUGUCAUGGCAUGUCAUCAUGGAACACUGAGCUAAACAGGCCAGGACUCCAAAGACAGGUGCAGCCCAGAGCCAUUUUACCUCGUGUCACCAAAUGUCAAAACAUUCUAAAGCAAUUAAGCUACAUGGAUAAGAUUAACUGCUUGCAGUGCUGGUUUGGACAAUUUUCUUGUGUAAACUGUGACAGGCAGCUCGCUUUCAGCUGAUACCGUUUCAGAUUAACCUGUUAUGCCUUACUCUUACUAAUGCACAAGCUACAAUACAGAGGCACAUCAUUACUUGCA